CUUUUGUGACUUGGCAUGUUUCAUCGCCAUGGACACGCACAGCUUACAAACAGCAGCACUCCUUAGCACAUGCUGGCAAUCAGCAAAUGCUGUCCAAUAGACCAGGAGCAGCAAGCCAUGAGAAGCUAUCUGGAAAAUCCAUGAAGACCACAGGAGCAGGAAAGUUUGCCAGUGUUUGAUACGCCCAGUGUGGACUAUGGCAUCCAAGACAAAGCAGAAGAAACAAGACACCACACGUGCUGGGAAAAAUAAGCAAGAAAUAACAACCAAGAAUGGAGAUACAUCCAAAGAAGUAAGUGACAUGGAAAUACUUGCCCAAGAGAGAAAAUCAUACUUGCAGAAGGAGUACGAGGUUGUUACUGAACAUAUGAACACAUAUAUGGGAAGGAUGGAGUAUUUCCUGCAGGAAAAUAAAUUCUUAGAAAAGGAAGCCCAACAGAAUCAGGAAAAGGGCAAUGCUUACCUCUCUUACAUAAAAAAACACAGCCAGAAGUGCCAGGAUGUGAUAAUAACAUUAAAUGACCAGAAUCAUGCUGAUCUCUCUGAAGUUGAGAUGCAGAAAGAGAAGCUCAUCUCACAGUACACAGGAAAAGAAAAGGAUGUAAGGAGAGAUCUGAUGAACAUGGAGUCAAAGUACUCUCUUCUGAGCAUGGAGGUUGAAGACCUGAAGCCUUUCAAUGACCCAUCUUAUCGAAAGGAACAGAUAAAAAAGAUCAAGCAGCUGGAGAAGGAACUGUUGGUCACAAAGAAACAGCAUUCAGACGAAAUGCACAAAAUCAAGAGCAGAUUUCUGCAGGCCAAGGAUGACUGUAAGAUGGACUUUCAGCAGAAGAUCCACGUUCUCACCAAGAGAGCAGAAGAAGCAGCAAUACAAUCUCUAAUUCAGCAUAUCAAACAAGUAAAAGCAGAGAAUUGGCAUCUGUGGCAGGAAUUGCUCAGACUCAUCCAAUACUCAAAAAUCCUUAAAGAAACUAAAGUUCAAUUGAGAGAACAGCAGGAGCAGCUUCUUCGGGAGAACCAGUACAUUCAGGACAUGGCACACGCACGACACUGUUUUACACCAGCAUCAGGUGCACAAUGCAACUGGUGAAACCUACAGGUCUCACAGCCUGUUCAGAUGUGCCCAUUAACCUCACUCUUUCCAGUGUCAGCAGACAUUGCUGGACUGACAGCUGCUGCCACCAUUAGCUAAGUAACAGAGUAUAGAGAACAAAAUAUUCUGUGCAAGGAUGAAAGGAUUUACACAGCUCAUGCUCAGCACAUGAUCCAGACAACAGAUCUUAAAAGUAACAUCAGCUCCAAGACAUCUAUAUUAAGACAUUUGAAACUGCAAUCCCUUCAUGUCCCAGAAUAAACAAUGACAUUUUCUCUUUGAAA